AUAGCUAUUUUUCCUAUAAGCAUGAUGACAAACCUGUGGCACGCAUGCCAGAGGUGGCAUGCAGAGCUGUCUCUUUGGGCACGUGCGCCAUCCCCAGGUGCUCUUCUUGUUUCCGGCACACAUAUGCGUACUGGCCAGCUGGUCUUCGAGCAUACGAGAGCACCGGAAACCUGGAGACCAGCUGGCUGGUGCACAUCCGCAUGCUGGAAACUCAAAACCAGCUGGCCGGUGCACACAUACAAAAUAUCUCAGUUUUUAAAAAGCACUUGAAGCAUGUAUUCAUAUACAUUGUGUGGGGUGGGAAUAUUUGGGCUCAGGGAUCCUUUAAAUUUGAGAUUUAAAGGAUGGAAUACGUUAGAUGAAGACUGCAUAGAUCUGAUCAAUAGUGUUAGACUCUUGUCUGAUGCCAAGUCCAAUUUACCUCAAUGUAAUUUGGAAACCCCCUAAUUUAACUUUUGGUCCCUCUUUUACACUCCCCAACUUAGUACCUAUCAUUUGAAAACUAUGUUUUGUGAUAUAGGCUGGCUCAGAAAUCUGGGAAUUGGCGACUCAAAAUGACUGAAUGGUUGGAGAAGGUUCCCCUUGGAGGGUUCUUCCAUUAAUCCAUAAGUUACUCAGUGUAAGAAAUAGAAAAAUCUUUCAUAUUUCACCUGACAGCUACACAAUGGCAACAUCAGCAAAUAAGGGGAAUCCUAAAAAAGUUGGGUUUUUUGACUGGUUGAUUGAACAGAUCAACAGUGGAAGAUACAAGGGUUUGUUGGACUGGAUAGACGAGAACCACACAACCUUUCGUAUCCGUUGGAAGCAUAAUUCAAAGAAGAAUCUUGUGGCACAUGAUUAUGAGAUUUUCAGGGCAUGGGCUAUAUAUAGCAAGAAAUAUAAUGAAGAUAGAUCAGCUCCUAGCAAAUGGAAAAUCAACUUCCGCUGUGCCAUGAACAGUACGAAGAGAUUUGAAGAACUGGUAUCAAAUGAACCUGACUUUCACAAAUACAGAAUCGUCCCCCUAAAUUCAAAAACUGAAUCAACAGCUAAUCCCUGUUCUGGUACAAGUAAUGGGAGUGACAAUGAAGCUGAAGCAUUGCAUUUCAGUCCAUACAGCGAAGAAUGUCCAGCUCUGCACCAAUCUACACAGCUAUCCCAGCUGGAAAUUGAUGCUGCUUUUCAAAAUUUGACACUGGAAAAUGGAAUGCCAGCUUCUGCCAUGACAAAUGAGAAUGCAGGAGGCACUUUUUACCAGACCAAUGAUGAUACACUCCAGUGGAUUAUUCAGCAGUCCCAACUGAAUCUGACUGAAAUGCAGCACACCUCAUGGGCCCCAACAGUAACUACAGAUUCCAGUAAUCUUCUAGGAAAUGCUAUUUUGUAUGAGCAAAGAAGUUCCUGUGAAGCCCCUCAGGUCACCCAAAAUGGCUGCUUACCCGUAGGGAAUGGAGUAGUGGUUGGACCUGUGGCAAGUAACUGUUACCAAGAAGGACCACACUGGCUAUCCGCAAACCCAACAAAUGAGAUUUCCCAGUCAACCAUUGCUUUUCCAGUAUCACAUGCUCAACAAAACUUUCCUGGUGCAAAUCAAUUUAAUCAGUUGGAAGCUGUCUGCGAUACUAGCUGUUUCGUUGAUAACGUUUAUUUGAAUGAAGAGCCUCAGGAUAAUGGAAUGAGGAAUAAUGAAAUGAGGAAUGACUAUCCACUUAUAGCAAACCAGGAAGUUAUGAUGCAACAGAGUGAAUUUGUACCUUCAGCUGCUCUCCCAACAGAUGAACCAGCCAUCAAUAAUGUUCCUUCUCAAGACCUUCUAGAAACUGCUGCAUUUAACAUAAAGGUCUCUAUCUACUAUCAUAACAAGAUGCAGUACGAAGCAGAAGUGAACAGCUGCAUGUUCACCUACAACCAGGAGAACUGCCACCAACCACAUAAUGCACAGGUCAUACAGUUUCCAAAUCCAGAAGUGCUGACAGAUCAAAAGCGAGUUCGACAUAUCUUGACUGCCUUAAACGCUGCAAGUUUAUUAUUAUAUCAGAAAAAUGGGAGGAUCUGGGCCAAGCGACUUGGCACGUGUCAAGUCUUCUAUGCAUUCUCCAAGGAGCUGGACAAUCGUUCUCAGGACCCUCCACGUAAAUUACUGCCAAGGAAUGUUGAAACUGAAAUCUUCAACUAUGAACAGUUCUAUCAAGAACUAAUUGAGUUCCGUGAUGGUCAAAGACGCUCGUCUCCUGACUAUACCAUUUAUCUGUGCUUUGGACAGCGGUUUACUGCUUCCAAACCCAAGGAGUCCAAAUUGAUCUUGGUGGAGCUGGUUCCAAAUUUUUGUAAACAUUCGCAUGAAUUCGUGCAGAGGGAAGGCUUCUCAUCCCUGAACAGCGAAAGUGUGAGCCUCCAAAUCUCCAACAGCCUCUUUGAUAUGAUAGAACAGCUUUCUACUAUAAUGAUGCAGACUGAGACAGCAUAUUGAGUGCUUUGUUUUGUGUGCCAGUUAGUAGGUUUUGCAGCGGGUGAGGCUGGUUCUCUUCAUUUGUUUCACAGGCAGAAGUACUAUAAUCUCCGGAUUGCAUCUCAGCCUUGUAUUAGGGCAGAUGAUCUCCUCAUUGGGCUACUAUUUAUUGAGAUAAUCACACCCAGGGGAUACAGAUAUUCUGCCCUCUGCAAUUCUUUCCAAGAAUUUAUUGGAAUAUAUAUCUUGCUACGUGGCUUUACGACAAAGAUUCUUCUCUGCCGGGAAUAAUCAUGGCACAAAGUUGAGGAAAUUCUUUCCAAGAACAUAUUUUCAUGUGAUAAGAAUUUCCAGAAACUGCAGGGAUGAAUUUAGAUUCUGGAAUGCACUUUUAUCCCAUCCAUUUUGUAGGGAAAAGACAUUAAAUAUACAUUCUAAUCUGAAACUCAGUUGAUACUUCCUCUAUUACCAAAUGCUAUGGGACAGGGCUAGAAGCAAGGUUCUGUAUUUUCAGUCCUAAAAAGAAAGAAAGAAACUUACAAAGGACUUCUCUUCCUAUGUAGGAAUUGAGUAUUGUCCACACAGAUAGUACAGUUUUAAAAUAUUUGGCAAUUUUUUAACAAAAAACUUUGGGCAAGGCAAACAACUAAAUCAAUAAACUGUUUUUAAGUAUAUCAAGUUUCUUAGAAGUGGAAACAUUGGAAUUUCAAGGGAGCUAAUUUCUGAGAAGAAAACGUCCCCAGUCUCUUGGCUGUAAAGGAGAUGGGAGAGAGAUUUAAUUUCAGACUUGCAAGAUUGAAGAUUCCUUCCAAGAUAGAUCAGAUGGGAAAGAUGAGCUGUAUGUCUAUGCAAAUUCUCAGGCAUCCAGGUCAUGGUUGUCCCAAAGGUGCUUUUUCAAGCUCUGUGGGAGCUCCUGCCCUCUGGAACGAGCUGCCUUCCGGGCUUCGCCAACUCCCCGACCUUCGGACUUUCCGCUGUGAAUUGAAGACUCUUUUAUUCUGCCGAGCUGGGCUAGUCUGAUUAAGUAAUUUUAUAUGGGGUUUUAGUUUUUAUAUUACUUAGUCUUUAAUUUUGGCCACUAUUUAUACAAAUUUUAGUUUUGUUUUUAUUGUAUAUUUAUUGUAUUUUUAAAUUGGCUGUUAACCGCCCUGAGUCCUUUGGGAGAAGGGCGGUAUACAAAUGCAAUAAAUAAAUAAAUAAAUAAAUAAAGAGGCACCUGGACUUUCUGGUUUUUCUUUGAAGACGUUUCGCUUCUCAAAAUUGGAUGAGAAGCAAAAUGUCUUCAAAGAAAAAAGAAAGUCCAGUUGCCUCUUGUAAAAGCACCUCUGGGGUGACCCAAUGAACUUAUUCUACUUUAUUGCAAAGCUACAUUAACUGAAUUACACAACCCUGAAAUUACACUUCUCCCCUAUCUCCUUUAGAGCCCAAGAAACGGGCUCUCUUCUGAGCCUCCUGCCCUGCCCGCCUGUCCUUCCUAAGUGGAUUCUGACCGUUCCCUUGGUUGUGUCUCUUUGCCUUAUCUCCCAAGAUCAUUCCCACAUAUCCUUAUAGGAACCUGUUUUCUAGCCUAAUUCAUAUUAAACACACACACACACACACACAGCAGAGAAAAAUGGCAUUUUGGAUGCAGAGUUUCACCGGAGUGGGGGGAAGACAAUAGGACUAGUGGACUAUAUCUGGCCAGUAGGCUGCCUACCCCGAGUUUUAAGUUGCAGGUGAUGUAGCUUCAUAAUAUGUGGUCUAUGAUAUGAGAGCAUAUAUCAUCGAAGAAUGUUAGCAGAUCCCUGCUGAAUCAGACAAAGUACAGCUUUUGUCUUCUCGUAGAGGUCUAGGACAGUGGUUCUCAACCUGUGGGUCGCGACCCCGUUGGGGGUCGAAUGACAAUUUUCCAGGGGUCGCCUAAGACCAUCGGAAAUAUGGGAAGUAUACUUGCAAGUCGAAGAAUCACGCUCCAAUGGUUGACUCCACAAGCCAACUGCAGGCUCUUCAAAUCGCUAGCCGAAUUCGGCUUCAGGCGCGAUGAAUUAAAAAAGAGAGAAAUCUUUGCUCUGAUGUCUCCCUCUCAAGCCAGCUGCAAUCACUCCCAAUCGCUAGCCUAAUCUGGCUUCAGGCGUGAUAAACUUAAUAGGGGAGGAAUCUCCACUUCAAUGCCUCCCGCCUCAAGGCAAUCGCAAGCAGUUCAGAUCGCUAGCCAAUAUGGCUUCAGGCGCGAUAAAUUCAAAACGAAAAAUUUUUUACGGUUGGGGUCGCCACAUCGUGGGGAAUUGUAUUAAAGGGGUCGCCACAUCGUGGGGAAUUGUAUUAAAGGGGUCGCAGCACUAUAAAGGUUGAGAACCACUAGUCUAGGACAAUUGGCAGUGGCCACAUUGCCGUGCCCACUUCUCCGUGGGUCCCUCACCAUAGUAGACCCACCACAGGCUGUCAUCUUUGACUGGCCCUCUGCCAGUGCUUCUCCCCUGGCAAUGCUGGAGCUCCUCUCCUGGCCCCUUUGCUGAGCAAUUCACCGAGGGAUACUUGCCCCCGGGCAAUUCACUGCAUGGGACAAUUAAAUGUGCCUUCCGCAUUUAAUAAUUUCAAAGCAAUCUCUCUGUGUGAAAUCAAGUAUGCAUGCAACUUACAUGCCCCUCAUUAGUAGAAAUGAACUUGGUGGGUAUGGGUGACCACAUUUGCCCUUACCUGCAGCUGGGGUAGGACAAGAUAAAAAAAUUACUAAGGUAGCAAGUAGUUACAGGCAUACUGUCCACAAGAUUCCAAGAAACGUUUAGCAAAAAUAUAGCGUAUGAAAUAUUAAGAUGUCUCAUUUUGUAACACAUGCUGAAUUACUUUAUGCGUAUUAGAAUUUGUUAAUGCUAUUUGUUAUUUAAAUGUGGGUAGAACUGAAACCACGAUGCAUUGUUUUUUUGUAUUAUAUUUAUAUACAAGAUGCAAUUCUGGAAGAAUUCCCAGUGCUUAAGAAAUUGGAGUUUUUUUGUUUUAUAGUGAUGCAAUGGUGAAUGAAUACCAAGCUGCAUCCUCUGUUGCACGCUGCACCCAUCUCUUUCCCCUUCUCCUUCAACAGCUCCAUGCAUGUCACCCAAAUCUGUUCAGGCAGCUAGGCAGGCAGGGAGGAGGGCUGCAGGGGACAAUGGAAAUCCAUUUGCCAACAGUCUCUGUUCCUCAGGCAGAUGGCUGGUUGGACAUCCCAGGACCAAAUCCACCUGGUUUCAUCACUCGGAUGAUAACCCAAUGCCUUUCUUUCUCUGCUUAGCAUGACUGGCUACAAAUUGGGUAAUUUAAGAGGAGGGGAUCUAAUACAGGUAGUCCUCGACUUACAACCAUUUGUUUAGCGACUGUUUGAAGUUACAAUGGCACUGAAAAAAGUGACUUAUGACCGGUUUUCACACUUACAACCGUUGCAGCAUCCCCAUGGCCAUGUGAUCAAAAUUCAGGCGCUUGGCAACUGGUAUGUAUUUAUGACAGUUUCACUGUCCCAGAGUCACGUGAUCACCAUUUGUGAGUUUCCUAGACAGCUUCCGACAAGCAAAGUCAAUGGGAGAAAGUAGUUUCUCUUAAGGACCACAUGAUUUGCUUAAUAACUGGCAAAAAAGGUCAUAAAAUGGGGUGCAACUCACUUUAACAACUGCCUUGCUUAGCAGUAGAAAUGUUGGCCUCAAUUGUCAUAAGUCAAGGACUACCUAUAUUUAAACCGUCCGUCUGAAGCAGCAUCAUGUCCAUAUGUGAGGAGGUCAGAGGAAAUGGACAAACUAGUAAAUACCUCCCGUUCUUCCAAGAUCCAAGGCUGGAAAGAGCCAGGAUGGAGUUGAUGGUAGCACAUGCUCAGAGUUAAGUAAGGGUAGCUUGUCUCAAAAGCAAGACCCGCACUUUUUAUUAACUAAAGUAGGAGACCUACAGGUCAGAUUACAUUCAUUUUUGGUACAGCUUUCCUUGUUUAAGGGAAGAGAAGCUUAAAUGUUUUGGGUUUUUUUAAAUCGGUGCUUUCAGGUUAGGAAGGGCUAUAAGCAUAGACUACAUUUUCCGGUUGCUGAAUGAUUUGUGGGGGGGGCAGCGGCAGCAGGGGACGCAGGGCAGGGGUCGCAGUGGCGGGAGCAGCCCACCACCACAGUCCCAGGUUGUCAUGUGGCCCCUUGGGAAAAUUAAUUGCCCACCCCUGCAUUACAGGACGAUGAAAUCUAGUCCCUAAUUUUGUCUCUCGCACCUAAAGUCCAUUUUAAAUGGAGGCACGUCAAACUGAUAUUUUAAAACUCCUGGGCCACAGCCCAUUACCGGGCCGUGAGCCAUUUGGAACCGGCUGCGGAAGCAGCGCAAGCAGUGGGUGAGCGUAUGCACUUCAUUUGCAUAAGCCGUAGGCCUGCGUGCACGCUGCUUGCACAAAUGGAGCUGCUCAUGCACGCUUGGCGGCCUCUCACGCGGAACCAUUCCCUCCCACCCACCUACCCCACCCAUCGGUACACAAAGCCAGAAAGGUUGGGGAACUCUGGUGUAGGAGAUUGGAGAUUUAUUUUCUAAUGUUUACUGGAUAAUAAUAAAGUUAUAAAGAUAACUUUAAAGCAAGGUAGGGGGACCUGGGCCUGGGUGUUGCUGAAGUUUAGCUCCCAGUAUCCCUCAUUCAGCCGAGGUGUUCAGGGCUGUGUUUAUAACACCCCACCUAAUAAAAUAUCCAGGAACUACUGAUCUCUUCUAUGUACAACUACUGUUAUCAGAUCCGUAUGAAGUAGUUUCUCUGAAUGUGGCCAAAUUGUGGUAUCCUGUAUGCAAAAUUAGCCAGACUCUUAACUUGCCCGCUCAUAAACCACUUCCAAUCAGAAUAUAUUAUUUUGUCUGCCGUUUAUUUUUAUUUACUAUUACUAUUGUUUUUAAUGCUAGUCUGUGACCGUAAUAAAAAUGGAUUGUCUAAGGCUCCUGGAAAUGCUUGCAAUAGUUGGAGGGUGUCCAUGGGCUAAUCUUCAGGAAACCUGACAUAGCUUUGCUCUCCAUUAACACUAAUUGAUUAUCUGUAAAAGAGCAUUGGCUUUGCCAGUGUUUACAACAUGAGUACUAUUUUGAGACCACCCAGGAGCAAAAUACAGGACAUAGAGGUUUGUCUUACAAACAGUGGUUUAGCUACAAGUUACAGACUUCUAUAUACAGACAUACAAGUGGUAGGUACAUACCAGACAAGCAGUCAGUCUUCUUCAACUCUACAUGGAGAACUACAAUGCAAAUACACCAGGAGAAUGAUACAGGAGGAGAGAGAGAGAGAGAGACGCCCUCUUUUAUAUAAACAGCUUCUUAAAGUGGCAGUAACCCUGCUGACGCAUUCUCAUUUUAUCAUCUUGAGUGACAGCCUUACAGUGGCUGGUCAGCUUUAAAUCUGCAUUACCCUGACAGGCUUACUCAAACAAAAUACCUACAUUGUGAUACAUUGAUCGGACUUUAAGGGAAGCGGCUUAGAAUCCUUUAUUAGUUUCACAGUUGGACUAUUGUAAUGGCUGUGAAUUUUAUUGUACAUUUUUUUCAAAUUCUGUUGUUAGUCGCUAUUCUUAGACAUGAAGCCACUUACUGUAUUUUUGGAUCUCAAGAAUCAAGAAUUCUUGAUUCUUGAAUCAAGAAUUUGGAUCUCAAGAAUCUCAAGAAUUCAUGUGACUAUGAAUGUCUGAAAAUCUUAUUUUGACUGAACUGAAUUACAGGUAGUUUUCGACUUACUGCAGUUCGUUUAGUUGCCCAUUCAAAGUUAUGGCACUGAAAAAAGUGACAUGACCAUCUUUUCACUUACGAUUGUUGCGGCAUUCCCAUGGUCACGUGAUCAAAAUUUGGAUGCUUGGCAACUGGUUCAUAUUUGAUGGUUGCAGUGUCCCGGGGUCACGUGAUCCCUUUUGCAACUUUUUGAUGAGCAAAGUCAACAUUGACGCCAGAUUCACUGAACAACCGUGUUACAAGUUUAGUAACUGCAACGCUUCACUUAACCACUGUAGCUGGAAAGGUCGUAACGUGGGGCAAAAUUCACUUAACAAACAUCACACUCAGCAGCAUAAAUGUUGGGCUCAACUGUGGUCGUAAGUCAAGGACUACCUGCAUGUUGCAAUGUUAGAAUUUAAUAUUAAGUCUUCAUUUUUUUUUUUUUUGGGUUUCUCACGGAAACAUUUAUUUCAUAAAAUGUGAAAUGUCUAAUGAGAACUUGUAAUGAGAAAUCAAAUCUUUCUGUAAUGUUGUGUAAGCUCACUAAGGUGCAACUUCAGUCAAUAAUAUCUUCUGGAAAUA